AUGGGCAGCCACGGAGGCAACAGUCAUGAAUCUUCGAAGAGGAAACUGCUUGCUGCAUCACUCAUAUGCGGUGUCUUUAUGGUGGUUGAAAUAGCGGCAGGAUUGUACGCAGGGUCAUUGGCCAUCAUCACGGAUGCCGCGCACAUGCUCAGUGACCUUUGUUCAUUCGGGAUCAGUCUGGCUUCGAUUUACAUGUCCCAAUUACCUCCAACAGACAAGUUGAGUUUCGGAUACCAGCGUGCCGAGAUGGUCGGCGCGUUCAUCUCAAUUAUGAUUAUCUGGCUGUUGACGAUAUGGCUUGUGAUUGAGGCGCUGCGGCGGUUGUGGAACCCGGCGGAGGUGCGCGCGCCGGUGAUGAUCGUGACCGCGGCGUUCGGGAUCCUGAGCAACGUGGCGAUUGCGCUCAUCCUCAGUGGCGACCACCACCACCACCACCAUCACCACCACAACGAGGUGGGCGAGGGAUCCAGCCACGAACACCACUUGCUUCCGUGUAGCAGCGGCGUCGAGAGUCAGCACGGACAGAAGAGCGAGUCCAACCAGUCACUCAGUGAGGGCACACCAUUCCUGCAAGGCAAUGCUGUGGAAGGCUACAUUAGAGCAGGUGAAGUCAUAAAAAGACUUAGCAACCCCACCACCUGUCAGCUGGACGACAUUAUCACGGCGGAUGCAGCAUAUGUGGAGGUGGCGGACGUUCCGGUUGAGGUUUGUGCGCGUGGGAUGGAGGGUAACUGGAACGUGAUGGCUGCGUAUCUGCACACGUUGGGUGAUCUGUUGCAGAACGUGGGCGUGGCGGUGGCGGGUGUCUUGAUUUACAUGAAGCCGAAUUGGACGGCGGCGGACCCGGUGUGCACUUUGGUGUUUGCGGCGAUCGUGGUUUGCACUACGUUGGGUUUGAUUCAGGAGGCGUUGAUGUUGUUGAUGGAGGGUGUUCCACGGGGUAUUAGUGCUGAGGCGGUGGCGGUGGAGUUGAAGAAGAUUCCGGAAGUGAGUGGGUUGCAUGACCUGCAUAUCUGGUCGCUGGGGCCCGGUACGCCGGCGAUGGCCUGCCAUUUGGUGGUCGAGGGCGACUGCGCCGCGGAACAGGUACUCGAAUGUGCCACCAGCCUCGUCCAGCGCAAGUUCCACGUGCUGCACACCACCAUCCAGGUCGACUCGGUCCGGAACAAGGCCGCUUGCGAAACAGACGCCCACGAAAAAUGCCAGAAGAACAACUAG